CUCUCUCUCUGUUUCUCUCUGGCACUCUCGUGAUUGAAAAGGGGAAUGUCGUCGCUUUGUUGCCCAUGUCUUGUCGAAGUUGGAUUUCAAACAGUCAUGGUGGUCGGAGCCUCGGAGGAAACCAGUAAUGUAUGAUCCUCGAUCUGUGUGCUCAAUACGCUAGGGGGUAACAUCGGAGCCCACCGAGUGGUAAAACUCAUAGCAGUCGAAAAGAAUCAACCGCCCUUCAACAAUCGAGCGACUCCAAGCAGUGUGUCCAAUACCAAGGAAUUUUCAUCCAUUACAUCCAUUUGUUGUCACGAUACCGUCCAAUGUUAUUCAUGCAGUAGUAGAAUCAUGGAUCAAGCUUGGUUAAUACUUGGAGUAGCUGUAGCAUGUAUCUACUUGGUCCAGCAGAGCGCUGCUCGCCCUUCACCGAUUCCGCGCGACUCCUUAAUAGAGGGCGUGGUCAAUACCAAAGAAUCGGGAAUUCCCCUAGUCUACGGGGGGAAUGCGACCAAACACCAGCUAGAGUUGCUCAUCACGCACUUUGAAGCAUUUUCUGACGGACAGGAUGAAACUGACGUCACCGCAUCAAAAUCGUCGUCCCUUCACAGUAAAACGGUUCAAUCUCGAGCAAAGAGGAAAGCUGUAGAACCUGAACAUUUCUGGCCGUAUGGAAUCAUUCCGUUUGAGAUGACAGAUACGUAUACAGAAGUAGAAAAGAUCGAGAUUUACGAAGGCAUGAUAACUUGGGAGCAAGGUACAUGCGUCCGUUUUGUGCCCUUCAAACCUCUACUAGCUAAACAGCUCGGCCAUUCUGAUAGACUUUAUGUCGAGAAACGAAAAAUCUGUACGUCAUUCCUUGGUCGGAGGGUUAAAGGGCGCCAUCUCAUCUCAGCUUGUCCACAUUGGACGUAUACGAUGGUUCACGAGCUCGGGCACGCUGUCGGUAUGCGACAUCAGCAUCAAACACCUGAUCGUGAUCAAUAUAUCAACAUCCAUUGGGAGAACAUUGACGAGAAGGUUAAUCUCAAGCAGUCGUUCGGCAUCGUAAAAGAUCAAUCGCUCUACGACCAGUCGUUACUUAAAGCCAUCCCGUACGAUAUCGACUCUAUCAUGCAUUAUCCUUCUAAUGCGUUUUCAAAGCACUUCGCGUUACCAACAAUAACAGUCAAGGACAAACCAAAUCAUAUAAUCGACUGGAGGACCAAGCCUAGCUUCUACGAUCUCAAGCUCGUUAACCUCAUGUAUAAAUGCGGCAACCACUGCGGCUUCAAAUUGGACUGUCAAAAUGGCGGAUAUCAGAGUCCCACCGACUGCCGCGUCUGUCUAUGCCCACCGACCGUCUGGGGAAAGAUGUGCGAGAGGGCGUCCAAACCGUUUGAUGAUGGACAAAAUAAACCCUGGUAUACCAAAACACUGUUUGAGCAAGAGUGGUGGAUAUAAUAAAUAAUAAGUUAUUUUCCGCGGGAAACGGUGAUAAUUACAAUCACCAUCAACUCUUUCAAUUAAUUUUAGAUUAAACAUUCGAAUUCAAAAGAAAAAAUGUCACUCUUUUUCGUAAUUUUAAUAAGGAGAGAGAGAAAAAAAGGAGAUUUUAGAAGGUAAUAUUUUCUAUCCUGUAUGCAAAUUAAUAAACUACUUACUGGUAACGAUUGCAGGAGCUGUAUUUUCAAUAUAAAUAAAAUUGGUUUUUAAAUAAUUACGCAAUUGGUAACCAUUUGGAAGAGACUCACUAUAAAUUAGGCAAAUCAAUUGGGCAAAAUGAAUUUCUGUUUCGGUUUAAUAAAAUUUGGAGUGGAUUAUUAGGCUAUUAUUAUUAUUACAUAAACAAUUCAUUUUAAUAUAAACAUGGCAGGCAUGUAGCUCUUAUUGAGUGCCGGUAAAAUUUAAGGAAAAAUAUUCUACAUUUUUCCUUUUGUUAUUAUAGUUCUAUCAGUUUCUUCAUUUUAAUUUUACAAGGGAAUUUAGUGGCUUGCAAGUUUAUUUUACGCAUUGUUAUCUUAUCCGUUGAUGUCCAUUGACAAAUAUCUGUAACCCACGUAGAUAGAAAAGAGGUGUUCACAAUUAAAAAUAUUCUUAGUGUUGUUUCACUUUCCCUCUUUAGGAUUGACCGACACGUGUUCCGGUGACUAUUGCUCCGCGGUCAAUAUCUUAAAGGAAAAUCCAGACUUGAUAGCAAACUACACUGUAAAAAAAUGAAUACAAAUCAGAAAAGCAGACUGUUAAAAGUUUGAACAAAAUCCGAAACCAAUAAGAAAGUUAUAAAUAUACUAUGGAAAUUGAAAUUGGCUGAUUCGGGAAUGUCACUUUGACGUAUUUUCGACAAAUUUGUUCUAGAAGAGAAAAUUAUUAAAAUGUCAAUUUUUCAAAAUGCAUGACUCAGCAUUGUCUUUUCUCUUCAGAGGACCUAUAUGCUAUUUAUAAUAUAUUUUGAGCAGUGCUCCAAGGAAGAACGCACUUAGGAGAAAAUAGAAUUUUAUAAUAUUUUGUACACGAAAAAAAGGAUAGUUUUCCGUGACAAUGGCAUACUUCAUUGACCAAAUUGCCAAUUUGAGAUUCGCAUAGAUUUAGUGAUCAUAUAUUUCGAACAUUAAUAACAUUGAAUAUAUUCCUGGUACGGUUUAUUUCAAACUUUCACCAUUCAGUUUAUCUUAAAUAUCUGCUUUUCUAGAACACGUACAAAAUGGACUUAAUUUUUACCAAGUUGGAUUGCCAAUUCAAGUUUAGGUUUACGUGUGAUGAAAUAAAGUGUGGAGCAGAUGUCGGAUCAAUAUAUUCAUAGAAUAGCGUACAUGUAGGUCAAUAUUCUUAGUAAUCAUAUUUUUUUUCUUCAGUUGAGGAUGAAACAAUCUGUUGAGAGCCAGAAGGGCAAUCCUUAUUGCGUAAACCGCUAUGAAUUAACGUCCUUCUGGCUCUUAUGUGCUGUAACAUUCAACUGGUUCUGUGAUAUCAAAUGCAAGCAGACGAUACUCAAAUAAGUACUAAACGUGUGUGUUUAUAAUUAUUAAAUUCAUUUUAUUUCAUGACCAGUACAAGUAAGUAUUGUAAGAAUGCGACGCUUUAUACAUUCCUUCGCUUCAAUUUGUGGUAAUUUCAAUGAACAUGCUUUUCAGAGGAAAACAAUGGAAAAAAUAAUCGGUAUUUUAGACAGAGAAGUAUGCAUUGUAUGUAUUAAAGUUGAAUGAAUGUUAAAGUUGAAUGAAUUGCAUUGAAUAAUGAGGCGAAUUGUCUUAAGUAUCAUAUAGAACAUAACAUGGAUGACUAAUAUUUAUGCAAUAUCUUAUUUACAUGAUUUAAGCAAUUUAAAACGGUUAUUCGAUAUAAUGAAAAGAGAAAGGACAUACUGGGUAAAUAAAUGCUACUAACUUAAUGCAAACAUGUUAA